UGCCUGAAAUCUGUGCGUUGCCCCUUUAAUUGUGUCCCCAGCCCUCGGGCGUUUCUGUCCAACGCCCACGUCAGCAAAUACCUUUUGUUUCUCUCACGCUGGGGCUACUUGUUUUAGGGCGCAAGGGAACGGCUUCGAAAGUGGGUAUUUCCCCCUGCUGAGAACCAGGAAUCUUCCCCCAGCCCGCGCGCGCGACCCGCCGCGGCCCGCGAUUUUAAUAUCAAGGUCCAGGAUAAGAAAUAAAUAAGUAAGUAAGACAAUCCUUCAUACACAGACAAACACUUGGAAUCUCCCCUCCUUUACUCCAUUCAGUUGACUUAGCAGGAUUUCCAGAGCAGCAUUCAUAAAUUUUGAGGAUGGAGAUCUCUUCUCAUCAGUCUCACCUCCUGCAACAAUUGAAUGAGCAGCGCCGGCAAGAUGUCUUUUGUGAUUGCAGUAUUCUAGUUGAAGGGAAGGUCUUCAAAGCGCAUCGAAAUGUGUUGUUUGCUAGUAGUGGCUAUUUUAAAAUGCUUCUUUCUCAGAAUUCAAAGGAGACAAGUCAGCCAACCACAGCUACUUUUCAGGCUUUCUCCCCAGACACGUUUACAGUUAUCCUGGACUUCGUCUAUUCUGGCAAACUGUCUCUUACUGGGCAGAAUGUCAUAGAAGUGAUGUCAGCUGCUAGCUUCCUUCAGAUGACUGAUGUGAUUAGUGUCUGUAAGACCUUUAUUAAAUCUUCAUUAGACAUCAGUGAGAAAGAAAAAGAUCGCUAUUUCAGUCUCUCUGAUAAAGAUGCCAGUUCUAAUGGCAUAGAACGUUCCUCUUUUUAUGGCGGUGGCUGGCAAGAAGAAAGCAGUUCUCCACAUUCCCACCUAAGCCCAGAGCAAGGGACAGGUGUAAGUGGGAAAUCCUGGAGUAAGUAUAAUUACCAUUCAGCCUCCCAAAGGAAUACUCAGCAGCCUUUGGCCAAGCAUGAACAAAGGAAAGAUUCCAUUAAAAAGUCCAAACAUUUGAGGUUGUCCCAGCCUUCUGAAGUUGCCCAUUAUAAGUCAAGCAAACGAGAAGCACGGACAUCUGAUUCUUCCAGCCACAUUUCCCAGUCUGAAGAACAAGCACAAAUUGGUGCUGAAAUAGACUCUACUCCUAUUGGCUAUCCGUAUGGUCAAGGAUCUGAUGUCACCUCCAGAAGUUUCCCAGAUGAUCUGCCUAGGAUGCGAUUCAAAUGCCCAUACUGCACACACGUGGUGAAGCGGAAAGCAGACCUCAAGCGCCAUCUUCGUUGUCACACAGGAGAAAGGCCCUAUCCAUGUCAAGCUUGUGGGAAAAGAUUUAGCAGGCUAGACCAUCUAAGUAGCCAUUUUCGAACAAUUCACCAGGCAUGCAAACUUAUCUGCAGAAAAUGCAAACGCCAUGUGACUGAUCUAACAGGGCAAGUGGUACAGGAAGGAACCAGGCGCUACAGACUCUGUAAUGAGUGCCUUGCUGAAGUUGGCAUAGACAGCCUCCCCAUUGAUUUGGAAGCUGAACAGCAUCUUAUGUCCCCUUCAGAUGGAGACAAGGAUUCCAGAUGGCACUUGAGUGAAGAUGAGAAUAGAUCGUAUGUGGAGAUUGUAGAGGAUGGGUCUGCUGAUCUGGUCAUACAACAGGUUGAUGAUAGUGAAGAAGAAGAAGAAGAAAAAGAAAUAAAGCCCAACAUUAGGUAGCUGUAAUGUGGACCACUAAAGCUGGAAUGUCUGCAACUUAGAUUGACUUCCUGUAUCUCUCUCUUUCCGUGGUCAGAGACAAAUUUAUCAGACUGACUGAAAAGUAAUGACCUGAUACAACUUGCAUGCUUUCUGAUUAGGCCAUUGUAUCUGCUCUGAACUUUGUUGCCCUGAAAUGUGUUGCUGCGCUGUAAGAAAGAUGUAGCUGGAGUUGGCAUGAUAGCUAAACAAGUCAUCUUUAAUAAAUUUAUUAAGGAGAUACCUUUUUUCUUUUAAUAUUGGAAAUUCUGCUUAGCCAAGUUUUUUCAAAGGAAAUAUUUUAAAUAAGUUUACCACAACCAAACUUUAUGUUUAAGAUAAUUUCAAGGUGUUUCAAAAACAUAUAAACUACCAAUAUUGAAUUUUCACAGAGAACCAGGUAAGAGCACAUUUAAGGCUCUGGCAUCCUAAGUGACUGAAGUCUUUCUAUGAACUUGGGAUCUAUAACAACCUAUCGUUAUUCCAGUAUCUUAAAUGUUUUAGGACUAUGGCAGAACACAAAUCUAAAAUAUUUGAAAUCAUCAUAUUUGAAUUUUUGUCAUUAAGUUGAAAAUUACUCCUAUGUAGUCAGUGUUGUUCAGCAAAAACAAAAACCUAAAGUAGAGGCUGACCAGAGAUUAUAUACAGAUAUCAUUUUCUUAAAGUAGGGAACCUAAUACUGCUUUAAGGUCAAGGUAGUUUGCAAAGAUCUGUCAGUAUGGUUCUUUUCUUCCCUAAAGAAAAAAAAUUUUUUUAAACCAAGAAAACUGGAGGUUCUUACCAGUUCCUAUGAUUAAUUUCUAACAUUUUACUGUACUGCUGUAUUAUUUAUAAAGUGCUCUCUUACAUAUUUUCUCAUUUAAUCGGCAAGGUAAAUAUUAUUGUCUCUGAUUUACAAAUGAGGAAGUUAGGGUCAGAAAAGUUAAGUGGUGGGACUGGUGACUGGACAAGUUUUUAUUUUAGACAGUCCUCUUUCGACUAUCUCCAUGUAUUGUCUCCUGAAAUGGCAAAGAAUGGAAGUCAAACCUCACCAAUCUGUAGUAAUUAAAAAAAGAAGCCUAACAGAAUUAGAAAGUAUGAAAGAAGAAUUUCAUCAUCUUCAACAUACAUCUUGAACUAGAGUUAUUCAAAUAGUACUAAGUGAUGUCUCUAUGGUAUCUAUUGAUAUGAUUUUAUGAGUUAUUUAUAUGUAAAUUUUACAUAUAAAACUAUUUGAACAAGUUAUUC